AUGGAUUCAAAAUAUGAUUUAAAUAAUGAUAGGGCUCCAGUAUUAGUAUUUGUUGCUGAAAAUAACAGUGGUUCUGGAACACCACUUGCUUUUGGAUUUAAAAGGAUUAGAGAAUGCAAUUCUUCUAAUUGGAAUUCUUUAGUUAUGAUCGAUAAGCAUAGACCAUCAAAAAUUGCCAUAGACAAUAAUUUACGUGGAGCUAUAUUAUGUUGGUAUUCUUUAGCAUUAGCAUUUAAAAUAAUUGGACGAAAUAGAACUGAAUAUGAUGCUAAAGAACUUGAAAAAUUAAAUAGAACAAUAGAAGUAAAUUAUAGUGGAGUUCAAACUGUUGUAAAUUUUGUAGAAUGUUUAUAUGGAGUGAAGUUAAAAAGAGAAAAUAUAACUGAAAAUACUGGAAAAUUGCAAUUUGAAGCUGGGUUAGCAAUAUUAUUUGAUAUGAAGUCAAUUGAAGAAGUAAAAUCAUCAUUUGAUGGUAAAUUUAUCAAAUUAGAUAAAGAAGCAAAAUAA